UUCCCACAUUGCAAUCCGCAAUGCUCGAUGAUGGGAUUUGGAGACACACCAGAAUCUCCAUGAGUAUAUGAUACGCGCUCGAGCGUGAUCACCUGGCUUCGUGCACGGGGACAUGUGUUAUCGGUAGGCGCGUGCUAGCGUCAUGGCAACAGCGACACCUCUAUCAACAGACAACCAUCAUCCAUCCAUCUCACUUCACCUCCACACCUUUCCAUCUCCGCAUCUUACAACAUGGUCUUCUACUCAGGCUUUGCGCUGUGCGCAGCCAUCACAAGCGCGGCUGCGCUCCAGGUCCCGCUUCUAUCAUCCGGUAACCAAGCGUCACUGGGACAUCCACAUGGAACGAAACCGCUGGUCAACUCCACGGAGCUCCAGGACCUCAUCAGCGGAGACAGGUUGAUGGCGCGCGCUAAGAAGAUGUAUGAGAUUGCGAAGCUCGGCGAGGAGGAAUACAACCACCCCACCAGAGUAAUCGGGAGUGCUGGCCACCUCGGAACGCUAUCUUACAUCUAUGAAACUGUCCUUGAGCUUGGCGACUACUACACCAUCACCAACCAGACAUUCCCAGCUGUUUCCGGCAAUGUUUUUGAAUCUCGUCUUGUUAUCGGUGACAGCGUGCCCAAGUCUGCAAGGGCUAUGGGAUUGACGCCAGCCACCAAGGACAAAGAGCCUGUGCACGGCGAUCUUGUUUUUGUUGAAAACGAGGGUUGCCAGGAGUCUGACUUCCCGGACUCCGUAGCUGGCAACAUCGCCUUCGUCAAGCGUGGUGUGUGCCCCUUCGGCACCAAGUCUGAGCAUGCUGGUCGCAAAGGUGCUGUUGCUGCCAUUGUCUACAACUACGAGAAAGAUGCUGUCUCAGGUACCCUCGGAACGCCAUCACCAGAUCACAUUGCCACAUUUGGCCUCUCUGGCGAAGAAGCUGAGCCAAUUCUGAAGAAGCUUGAGAAGGGAAAGCGCGUUGAUGCGAUCGCCUACAUCGACGCCGAAGUGAACACGAUCCUUACCGUCAACAUUGUCGCGCAGACGACAGCUGGCGACCCAGACAAUUGUGUCAUGCUCGGUGCCCACAGUGACAGUGUUACUGAAGGCCCUGGAAUUAACGAUGAUGGAUCAGGUACGAUGUCGCUGCUUGAGGUUGCCACACAACUCACCAAGUUCAACGUGAGCAACUGUGUGAGGUUUGCCUGGUGGGCAGGUGAAGAAGAAGGCUUAUUGGGUUCCGACUACUAUGUCGCCUCUUUGCCCGAGAAGGAGAACCAGAAGAUCCGUCUCUUCAUGGAUUACGAUAUGAUGGCUAGCCCGAACUUCGCCUACCAAAUCUACAACGCUACAAACGCGCUGAACCCUAAUGGUUCAGAAGAGUUGCGCGAUCUGUACAUCCAAUGGUACAAGGAUCAAGGUCUGAACUACACCUUUAUUCCCUUCGAUGGUCGCAGCGACUAUGAUGGCUUCAUCCGAAACGGCAUUCCUGGCGGUGGUAUCGCUACGGGAGCGGAGGGUAUCAAGACGGAAAAGGAGGUUGAGAUGUUUGGUGGAAAGGCGGGAGAUUGGUAUGACAACUGCUACCAUCAGCUUUGCGACGAUAUCUCAAACCUCAAUGAGACGGCGUGGGUCGUCAACACCAAGCUCAUCGCACACUCGGUCGCGACAUAUGCGCGCUCCUUCAAGGGUUUCCCGAAGAGAGAGCUAGAGGCCUCGGUCAAGUCUACGGCAUACAGGGAGGAUGUCAAAUAUCAUGGUGAUAAGAUGUUCAUCUAGAAUAUGUCCUGCUCUUCUUUGCCGGCGUAUGGUCUAAUCUUUGUUGGGUUUAACUGGGUUGCACAUAUAUCAUUAUGGAUUGAUGCGAACAUGUUUCUGGCAAUCAGUGCUACUGAAUCUCAUGAAAUCUUGAAGAAAAAAAAUCUUCUCUGUUAGGUGGGAGCAUUAAGCCUCAUAAUUACCAAAU